ACAUCACAUGGUCUUUGAACUUAUUAAGAACGCACUGAGGGCGUCAGUUGAAAAUCCGUUCACCGGAGAAAAGCACCCAGUUCAAAUUUGCAUAGUUCAAGGGAAAAAAGACAUCAGUAUUAAAGUGUCUGAUAGAGGCCGAGGAAUUCCUAUGUCUGAGCAGGACCAACUAUUCGACUACCAUUACUCAACAGCCCCAGAGCCAGAGAAAGACUCGAGAAUACCGCCCUUGGCCGGCUUUGGGUACGGAUUACCCCUUUCUCGGCUGUAUGCCCGGUACCUGAACGGUAACAUUCGGUUAGUGAGUGUGGAGGGAUACGGGACUGAUGCUGUUAUUUAUCUACAGAAUUUAUCGGAGAAUGCCAGCGAAGUUCUGCCUCUGUUCAACAAGACGAGUCAGGCGAAGUAUCAGAUUGGAACCAUGGUUCAAGACUGGAAUGUCGCCGGCAAAUCACGACCAAUCUGGUCAUAGACGUAAAACCCUCGACUGUAGCAAGACCAUCGCUAAAAAUACCUUCUCCCUUCUCAACGAACUGAAAGUUUGCUAAAAUAACUAUUACUGCACGAUAGGAACCAGAUUUUGUUGAUUUUAUUUCUGCUAUCCACCAAAAACCGACAGAAAGAUCCUAUCUGAAAAACAUAGCUAGAGGGUACAAUGGGCUGAUUGGCAUCUGAUGUGGCUCUUAUUAUCACUGUUUAUAUUAAAGCUUAGCUCUGAAAACUAAAGUUGGUUAUAUGUUCUGGUCCUUUCAAUGAAAAUAUGAACAAAGUUUGAUCAACAUUAGCCUGGGUAAAAAUUUCUUUACAUUUUUAAUAUCCAGGAAACCACAGUCACCAACAUGCAGCCAACUUCAACCAAUGAUAAUAACGACUGAAGUUCAGUGAAGUUGGCUUUAUGUUGGUGUCAGUAAAAUGUAGUACGUACGUUUAUUAAUACCUGUUUAAAUAUGGUUGUAAGUUAUUCUGCCACUUCCAGGCCUACUCCACAGAAUUAAUCUGUUUGGUCGAUAUCUUGAUCCUUAGUACGAUCCUUAGUAUCCUUACGAAUCCUUAGUACGAUUUUAGAAUUUAGAUUCCGUGAUUUUUAGUAUAGCAAUGCAAAGAAAAUUUUGAUGCAUUAGCAAGUUUUACAUCAAAAUUAGUUCCGUUCAUGCAAAAUUAACUUUCUUACUUUAUAAUGAUUUAACUGAAACACUUUGAUCGUUCCAUGUUAAAAUAUAUUACAAAAUUAACUUUAAUUAAAGGAUUGCGAAAAUCCUGUAUGAUUCAUUCUCGAUUUUAGAUACUGGACAGUUUAUUACAAACGUAGGUUCGAUUUGUGUGUAAAUUAUUUUAAUUAAGCAUGACUAUUAUCAGAGAUUUUUCAAUUACGUUUUGUGACUUUUUAAGCUGACCAAAGGUAAAAAACUGUGAUGUCAAGACCACUUCUGCAAUAUGUUGUGCUAAAAUCUUACACAAGAUGGAACCAAUAUAACAACGAAUUUUUGAGGUUAUUGAUUGGAAAUGUUUUCACAAAGCUUGUUGAAAGUUGUCAUUGGGAAAUGGUAUGGCAACAAGUGCAUAUUCUCAUAAUCAUUGUAAACUGAUUCCCAGUUAAUACUAGUUUUGAAAAUUGUUGCUAUGUAGGUGACAUGUUCGUCUCUUUAAAGUUAAAACAAUUAAAAAAGUGUAGGGUCAUAUUAUAUUAUAAAAAUAAAACCAAGUUUUUUUUCAAGCAUAUUCCGUUUUUUUAUUUCCUUGGUGUUUUGGCGUAUGAUCAAUUCUGUUUAUCUGUAGUUCAUUUCACAAAUCGAGCCAAUUUCAGGAGAUUUGUUAUGAAACGAUUCUUAGACUGUAAUUUAUAGAUUUUAGACAAGAAUGAUUAUCAAAUUUAUCGAUAUUGAUUUAUC